CUAGAGCGUUUGAACAAUGUUCAUGUACCGCGAUGUUACUUUCAAGAUAACGGUCUAUCGAAGACAAUACAACUGCAUUGCUUCAGUGAUGCAUCUAAGGCAGCGUAUGCUGCUGCUGUUUAUAUUCGAUCCAGUUACUCUGAUGGUCAUAUCGAUGUGAAUUUAGUGACGGCAAAAACGAGAGUCGCUCCGUUGCAGAAGCAAAGCAUCCCAAGACUCGAGUUACUCGGUGCAAACAUUCUCGUACGACUCGCUGCGAAUGUAAAGAACGCCUUGAACUUGUCACAAGAUGUGAUGAUAAUUUAUUGGAUCGAUUCAAUGACGGUUUUGUAUUGGAUAAAAAAUAACAAGCCAUGGAAGCAGUACGUGAUGAGCCGAGUAAACGAAAUUCGUGAGUUGACCAACCAAGAGUUGUGGCGACAUUGUCCGGGUAAGCAAAACCCUGCUGAUCUUCCAUCUCGUGGACUAAACGCAUCGGAACUAACAAACGAAAUCCGAUGGUAGAAGGGCCCUGAAUUUCUUUACAAGCCCGAAGCUGAUUGGCCGCAAACGGCAGAAAGCAAGGAAACAGAAUUUACUAAAGACGAAGUUGUGAAGAAUCCUGUUAAACAGACCCAUGCACUAGCAUCUUCUGCACCCCGAACAAUUGAGAAAGACGAUGUGUCCAACGUUAAUCUCGAAGCGAUUAUAGACUGUAACCGUUACAGCUCUAAAACGAAACUAUUACGAGUAACAGCAUUAGUUCUGAAAUUCGUGAAACACCUGAAACUCGAAGAGGGAGCUCGUACGACGGAGCCAGUGGAAAUCAAUGCAAAGGAGUUGUUAGAAGCAGAAAUGUUAUGGUUAAAGAGCAUACAAUCAGCUGCGUUUGAAACGGAGUUUAGGCUCUUGAAAUCGAAGAAAGAGAAAAAUCAGCUUAUAAAUCAACUCAACUUAUUUCUUGAUGAACGUGAGUUGAUCAGAUGCCAAGGACGACUCGAUAACUCAGAUUUACCUACCGAAGUCAAGACACCCAUUCUGUUACCGUGUAGACAUCGCUAUACGGAGUUUUGUAUUCAAGAGGCUCACAAAAACGUACACCAUAACGGGAUAAGAGAAACGCUUAAUCGUGUUAGGGAGAAGUAUUGGGUCCUCCGGGGAAGAGAAAGUGUAAAAAGAAUUGUUAAACGAUGUGUUGUAUGCAAGAAGAUGGAGGGAAAAUCAUUUUCUACACCACCAGUUCCAGCACUCCCCCAGAGUCGUGUAAGUGACGAUCCACCGUUCGCGAAUACCGGACUGGACUUUGCGGGUCCCUUGUUAACAUCUGAAGACGGUAAAACAGAGAAAAUAUAUAUAUGCUUGUUUACGUGUGCGUCAACUCGUGCGGUUCAUUUGGAGUUGCUCAAGAGUAUGUCUGCCGAGUUAUUCCUGCAGGCAUUUCGUCGUUUUACAAGUCGAAGGGGGUUGCCAAGAAAACUUUUGUCUGAUAAUGCAAAGACCUUCAAGGCCGCUGCUAAAGAAAUACGAACCAUUUCUCGUGCUACGAAUGUUCAACGCUACUUAACAGACAAUGGUGUCACAUGGGCGUUUAUAACGGAGAAGGCGCCGUGGCACGGCGGAUUUUGGGAGCGAUUGGUUAGGAGCGUAAAGAGAUGUUUGAAAAAAUCACUUGGGCGUACUUCCCUUACAUUUGAGGAACUUCGAACAGUUAUAGUCGAGAUUGAAAGCACUCUAAACAGCAGGCCGUUGACUUAUAUAUACGAUGAGCAGGAGGGUGUUUCUUAUCCCCUCACCCCUUCGUGUCUGAUAUAUGGACGGAGAAUUACAACAACGCCAAGUGACAGUCAUUUCGAGAUUGCAUGUACGAAUAAAACAUUGACCAAACGCGCGAAGUAUCAGAAUCGCAUUUUGAAGAAUUUUACGGAUCAAUGGAAGAAAGAAUACCUAGUUAGCAUUCGCGAAGCUUCACGUUCAGAAACUAACAGAAAGGAGUCUAUAGAAGUCGGUGACGUUGUUAUUCUCAAGGAUGGAAACCAACCACGAACCUUUUGGAGGUUAGCUAAGAUUGAAACAUUAAUUCCGAGUAAGGACAAAAUAGUUCGUUCAGUGAUGGUGAAGGUUUUGGGCAACGAUAAGAAGAAACCAAUUCUAUUGCGAAGACCGAUUCAACACCUCGUGCCUUUGGAAGUUCGAAGCAAGUUGGACUAA